AUGUCCCUGGGACGAGCCUUCGCGGGCCAUUCCCUCGAAUACAAACUCGAUAUGGCCCAGAAAUACGGCUUCCGGGGCAUCGAGCUGUUUUACGAGGAUCUCGAAUACAUGGCCAAGUCGCUGCCCGGCCAGGAUGCAACCGCGAACCUGCUAGCCGGCGCCAGCCAGGUACGCCGGUGGUGCGACAGCCGCGGCCUCGAGAUUAUUUGCUUGCAGCCGUUUAUGCACUUUGGCGGGCUCCUGGACCGCGAUAAGCAGAAAAAGGACCUCGCCACGAUCACGCUGUGGACCGCGCUGGCGCACCGGCUGGGUACCAACCUGAUUCUGUUUCCGAGUUCUUUCCUGUCCGCGCCGCAGCUCACAAACGAUCGCGCCGUCCUCGUCCGGGACCUGCAAGACGCGGCGGACGUCGGGUUGCGCGCGACACCGCCGGUGCGGUUCGCGUUCGAGGCCCUGUGCUGGGGCACGCAGGUCAACGCGUGGGAGGACAGCUGGAGCGUCGUGUCGGCCGUCGCGCGGCCCAACUUUGGCCUCUGCCUGGACACGUUCAACAUGGCGGGUCACAUCUUCGCCGAGCCGGCGGCGGCGGGCGGCUGCCGGGCGCACGCCGACGCGGACCUUGAGUGCUCCCUGCAGCGGCUCAUGGCGCGCGUCGACGUCGCCAAGGUCUUCCUCGUGCAGGUCGCCGACGCGGAGCGGCUGGCGGCGCCGCUCGACGAGCGCCACGCCUUCUACAGCGCCGAGCAGCCGUCGCGGAUGAGCUGGUCGCGCAACUGCCGCUUGUUCUACGGCGAAGAGCAUCUCGGCGGGUACCUGCCGGUCAAGCGCAUCCUGCAGACGGUGCUGCACGGGCUCGGGUACCGGGGCUGGGUGAGCUUCGAGGUCUUCCACAGGCGCCUCACCGAGAGUGAUGGCGCGGUGCCGGAGGAGUUUGCGGCCAGGGCAUCGGGGUCGUGGGCGAAGCUGGUCCGCGACCUGUCGCUCGAGCCGAGGCGGUCGCGGCUGGAAUUUGGGCAGGGAAAGGAACGUGCUGUGCUCUAG